CUAGGGUAAUAAGUGCAAAAAAAAAAAAUGGGGGUUUGCACCCUGCCCUGCAACUUCUAUGCAUAUUGUCUGCAGUGUGAAACUCCAUGGGGUCUCUCCCAUGUAAAUAAGUUCUGUGCAUAACUGAAGUUAUGGCUUCAUACAUUACCUUGCUUAAGAUAAUGUCAAAUAACCCGUAUGUAUUAAUAGUAUGGGUUUUUCCUUUCAUUCGUGUGGUUUGGUGUAACUGUAUGGGUAGACUGACUGCCUGCAUCGGGCUGUGAGAAAUAUGAUCUGGUGCCAUGUAUAUAUUUAUAUAAGUUUGAAUUCAAGUCAUACAUUGCUGGAAGUCAUGAUCCCUAAUUGUAUUACCUUGGAAAUUAAGGCAUUUCUCUUUUCUUGUAGGUCUCAUCUGUAAGCAUUUUAUUUUCUUAUUCUUGUGUCCAGAUUGUGCCUUUAAAGGUUAUAAACACACAGAGUGGCCGCCUCCAUCCUAAAAUUAUUCAGCUGUGGAUUUGCCUGUAGAAGGGCCCCUGGUGUUACCACUAUUUCAAAAUACCAUCAGCACCUAAGCCAGAUGAGAGAUGGUGAUCAAGUGAGCAUGACAGCAGCGAGCAGCAGAUGUUUCAAUGGAGCAAUUACUGAGCUGCUGGAUGAGAAGGGAAAGAGAUCUGCUUUACCGGUAAUCAAGAAGGAACCUGGGAGGGGCGCAGUUACAAAGAGCCAGAACCCCAGCAGAUUGGCUGAGCACUCCCCUGCACGUCGCUCAUCACAAAAGAGGAUGAACAGCAAAGCUGAGCAGCUUAGUAUGGGAGAGAUAAGUCCGUGGGUCAGUCAGUCGCCUUCUGAGAGCUCCCUCAGUGCUUAUCUGAGUAGUAUCCCAUCCCUGAGGGCCUGCUCCGAAAACAUCACGGACCCACCAAAGAGUGCUUGGGGCACUGAGACCAACCUGCACACAGAGACCUCCAGCCCACAGACACCCCUUCCUGCACAGCCCUCGGGACAAAAAGAUACCAAGCAGCCCAAACAGAGACCCAGGACCAAUGCCAUCAAGAGACGCUUCCAGAAUAAAAUCCACAGCACCAGGUUACCGCCGGUCCCCCCAGUGUCCGAGCUGAGCUUUAGCAGGAACUUCAGCUUCUCCUUCUUUGAGCUUCCUCGGUACCAGAGCCCUCAGCACUGGCUCCAGCGCCAGAAAACAGUCUAUCUAGUUAUGAAGCAGCUGCACUGACCAAUCAAAUCUAUACUCGGUAAUGGUAAUGCUAUUGCAAUUAAAAUCAUUAGGACCCAGCCUUUCCAUGCGAGACUGUAAGUUCAUUUACUUUGCUAUUUGGAGUUCUUAAAUAUCCUCACUAUACAACAGGGCUCAUUUACAAACAAGGAGGCAAAGUGCAAAAAACAGGUGCAAAACUCUAAGUUUGGUUUACACUUUGCAAUUAAAAUGGCAGCCAUUUUGGAGUUUUAUACUUGAAAAGCAAAGUUGCAGGUAAAACUGAUGUAGUUGG